GCCAAUCAACGAAAACCAGAAGAUCUACUGUUAUAAUUAAGAACAUCAAGAACAGGCAGCAAGGGACACAGGAGGCCAGGCUGCACAUACAUGGACAAAGUCAAUUUCUCAGAAGAUACAACUUCUAAGCAACAGGAAGAUUUGCCUUAUGAUGGGGCUUUCUCCCAAAUUAAGAUAUACAAUGAUUACAAUUUUACCUCAAAAAAUGAUAUUCUUGAUACCUCAAAUCAAAUUCCUUUAACAGUAGAUGACCCUCAAGAAAAGGCUACCUAUAAAGAGACCUCCAGAAAUGCAGACAUGGCCAUGACUCUGGGUAAAAUGGCUAAAACUAUUAUCAACAAAAACUAUGAUAAAGAGAAACAAUCCACCACAAAUCUUGAUAUUCCGGCUAAUGAAAGAGACCCUUCAAAGUCAAACAUUUCUGAUAUUUUACUCCAUCAUCUUUCCAAUGAGGAAUUCUUAAAAGGUCAAGGCAUUAAUUGUGAAACUCUCCCAGAGAUUUCUAAUGCGGACAGUUCUGAUGACGGUAUUAUUAAAAAUAUUAUUUUGCGCCAUGUUAAGAAUUCUUGGCUACAAGAACAAACCCCAGAACUUACAGACCAACUGAGCCCCCAAAGGGGUGGUGAAAACAGCAAUAUGCCCUGUUGUUCUCUAACUGUGACAGAAGAGAACGCCUUCGAUUUAGAGGUUACUGGAGAGAGCAGCCAUCAAGAAACUUCAAAUUUUCUAACUAAAAUCAAGAGUCUACAUGAUAAACCAAAAAGUUGCCAAGGGCAGCCACCCCAGAAACUGCAGACUGAAAAAGCAGUUUCAGGCAAUGGGUUCAAACAUGGCCAUGGUCUGGUUCAUUACCAGUUAUCUGAUUUCCCUAAGGUUGCUCCCAAAGAGAAAAUCCCUAAAAAUAAAACAAUUAACAAACCACUUACAAUAGAUAAACAAGCCAACUUUUCUCCUAAAUUGAGAGAGAAGUCAGCUAUUGUGCAAGACAUUCUAGAAAGCAUUUUUAGGUCAAACUGUAUUGAAAGACAAGGGCAGAAAAGGAAAACCGCUGAACCUUCACAACAGACAGAGAUGGAGCCCACAAUACAAAUUCACCAAGAACAUCUCCCAGGAAUAGAAUCUGAGAGGAGUCUCUUUAAGCUGUCAUCAAUCUCUCAGACAGACCAUUCCCCAAGUUCUUCUUACAUAUUUCAGAAGAUCACCCAAGGGAAACAGAUGUGCCAGAAGUUAAAAGAACAGACUGAUCAACUGAAGACUAAAAUACAAGAAUUUUCCAAAAGCAUAGCACAAGACUCUCCCUAUCAUUUGCAAGACAAGAGGCUGGUCCUGGAGAAAUUUCAGGGACAUCUUGAACUGCUGGAGCAGGAGUUUCUGGACAACAAGAAGCAGCAUCUGACUUUGAAGCAAGUUCACAGGCAUGAAUCCCCAGCUGUCGGUGACUUUGAUCCAGAAAGAGAAGUGGAAGAUGAAAUCUUCAAGUUGGAGAUGAUACUUGAAGAUGUUAAAGAGAAAAUUAACAAGGGCAAAUGUACUUCAGCCGUCUCUCUUCCCGUGAGUUCUCCAAUCAUCCCGGAUGACUUGGCAGCCACAUCCUCUCCACCCUCAAAUGAGCCCCAGGCCGCUACAGCCCAGACCCCGACGAGCGAGAAACCCGAGAAAUCAGAGCGAAGGAGUCCCGAAGACGAGAACCCCAACACCACCUCGGGAAGGCAGGACCCCGCAGAGACGAUCAGCGCAAGCUGUGCCUUUUGCCACUGGGUCUGUGAAUGGAGGGAAAACACGGAGAAAAAAGGGCACAGAAGGACCAACUGUGGAAGGUGUCCCCCUGCCAUUCAAGGAAAGGCAUUGCUUGCAGAUUCGAUUCUCAGUUCUGAUGCGGGCCCCAGCAGCUCAUCUGCUUCUGGGACUGGAUUGCAGAGUAAUAAAUGUGACAACUGUGGCACUAAAAGUCAUAAUUCUAGAAGAGUCUGUGGCAAAAAGCCUCUUGAAGAAUUUCAUUACAGAUACAACAUGCCAGGACAGAAUUACUUAAAUCCUAAUGAAAGAAGUGCCUUUGUCAAGCUCUACUUUUUAAACGAAAAUAAAAAUUCUUCACCUUCUUGUUCAAAACCAGAAUGGAACUGUUCCCAGACAUCGAAUCCAAAAUCUUCUCAUGAUGAACAUGAGCCCAUACCAGGAACGAUUUCUGGAAGCAAAUCCUUAAGCAACUUUGGCAGUAUGGAAGAAACAGAAUCUGAGAUUUUAAACUCAUCUCUGGAUCAUGCCCUAAGGACAGCAUCCAUUUUGAAAGAAACAACUGAUCGAAUGAUUAGAACUAUUGCAGAAGAUCUUGCCAAAAUACAGAGAUGGAGGAAUCGACUGAAAUACUAGUUUGACCCAAGGCAACCAAGGACCUAAAAAUAAGAAAAAUGCAAAGAAAACUUGAUCUUCCCCUAAAAAGUAUCUUAUUAUACCAUUUAGGAAGGUGUCUUUCUCGAGAAAAUACCAAAACCAUAAGAAAUGGGGGGCACCAAGUGCUUAAAAGGAAAAAACAAUGGACCCCUGAUUUUUAAAGUUGAAAUCAACUAGUAGCUAUUUUAAAAUAAAUCUGUUAUUCCUAACUCAUAAUAAAAGAAAUCAAAGCAAUAAACUAGGGGCACUUGGCUGACUCCACGGGAAGAGCAUGCAACUCUUGAUCUCAGGGUCGAGAGUUCGAGCCCUACCUUGGGUGUAGAGAUUACUAAAAAAAAAAAAAAAAAAAAAAGAAAAGAACCAAACUAUACGCUUGCCUAUUAGUAUGGCAAAAAUGAAAGUUUAGAAAAGCCAGUGUCAGCGAGGGUGGGGGUGACGGUGCUCUUGCACCCUGGGGAUGGAAGUAUAAAUUGAUACAAACUGGUGGGAAGGCAACUUGGUAUCAAAUCCUACAAAUGUAAAAGCACCUACCUUCUCAGCAGCAAGCCCACUAUUAGCAAUUACUUCAUAGGUGACUCACACAACAGGCCAUGGUAUUACACAUGUGGCCACUGGAGCACUAAGGGAAGAGCCCCC